CCUUGCUGUGAUCCUUGCUUGUGAAAAUGAAUGCUAUAAAUGCAAUUGUGCAUUUAGCCAAUAAUGCCGACCCAGCGCGACGUAGAAAGCUCUACCGCCAACGAAGCAACCCAUUCGAUUUGCGGGACCUAAAUUUUAAAAUAAAAUAUAGGUUCAAUAAGGACACAGUGCGCACCAUCAUAGAUUUGGUGGAAGAUGAUCUGGUUCAGAGCGCUAGAGGUGGUGGCACGUGUCCUGAACUGCAAGUUUUAGUGGCCAUAAGAUGUUGGGGACGUCGUGAGGUACAAGAUGAUGCUGGUGACCUCCAUGGCCUAAGUCAGCCGACAGUGAGCCGGAUAUGCGCCAGAGUCGCGCAUGCAAUCGCGAAUAAGGCAAAUUCCUUCAUCAAAAUGCCUAUCACUAUAGGAGAGCAGGAAAGAAUUAGUGCCAAAUUUAGAGCAAUUAAAAAUUUUCCUGGGGUGAUAGGAGCCAUAGAUUGCACCCACAUUAAAAUUAAAAAAACCGGAGGUGACAUGGCCCAGUACUAUAUUAAUAGAAAAGGCUAUUAUUCCCUGAAUGUUCAGGUUGUCUGUGAUGCUGACCUCAAAAUAAUGGAUAUAGUGGCUAGAUGGCGAGGCAGUACACAUGACAGUCGAAUUUUUAUGGAGAGCAAUAUAAAACAACGAUUUGAGGAUAGGCAGUUUAGAGGACGCCUUAUUGGCGAUUCGGGCUACCCUCUUCUGCCAUAUCUAUUUACACCUAUUUUAAGGCCUAGUCGUCCAGAAGAAGAAGCAUACAAUAAUGCUCACAUCUCAACUAGGAACACUGUUGAAAGGUGUUUUGGGGUGUGGAAGCAGCGGUUCCAAUGCCUACUCCAUGGCUUACCAGUAAGCCUCCAAAAUGGAAAAGCUGUGAUCAUAGCAUUGGCUGUAUUACAUAAUAUAGCCAUUGAUAUGAAUGACACAUUGUUAGAACAACAUAUGGAGCAGGUCCCUGUAACUCCGCAACUUUCGACGGAGAACAGUGUUCACGACAACCGACCUUCAUUGUUGAGGCGUAGGUCGCAGUUGAUACUACAAAAUUUUAUAAAUCAACAUUUUUGAAUGAUACUGUUCCUGGCAUCUUAAUGAAAAUAAAAAGAAUA